AUUGAAUAAGAACAAAAAAGAUAAAUACAAUUGAUGCAGGUGGAAGAUGUUUGGUUCCAAAAUACGAACAUGGAUGGAAAAUCAUAUUGUACGUCCAAGAAAAAAAGAAAAGAAAAAUAAGAACCAAAGCAAUGGAAUUGUUCCGUCAGCUCAGAACACACAUAAAGGGAAUGCUAACAAUGCGUUUAAUGACCUCAAUAAAAUCUCGGCAAAUUCAACGACGACAAUUCCACAACUACAACCACCACCGUCAUCAUCAUCAUCAACCGGACCAUCAGCUGUUACAAGCAUCGGAAGUCCCGCGAGACGAUGUGAGGUUUCUCCAAUACAGAAUCAUAAAGCAAGCCGUAAAGGAUGGCAAUCACCAAAUCAUGAAAUGCCUCACACAAUUUGCGAAAAUGAUCCAAUUGGAUUUAACUAUAUGAUGACGAAAAAGCACCAGCAACAACAACAGCAGCAGCAGCACCAACUACACGCGAACACACAACUGACUCAAGGAUUACUAAACGGCGAUUUACCUCCGAUGAUCAGAGUUUUAUCGCCAAAUCAAUCACAAACUAGCUCGCCUAACUUUUCUCAAAGACACGCUUCUCUUUCUCGAACCACGACACAAUCACAGUCCUCUUCUAACCACUACUACCACACACUCUACAACACGCAAAAGCAUCCGGACGAAAAAUAUUUUGCGCAAACUUCGCAGCUCGCUUCGGUGCAGCAACCGCAACACAUAAUCAGCAACAGCAGCAACGCCAUGUCAAUCUCCACGUGCUCCUCGAACACGACAAAAAGCCUGUCGUCGAUGACAAGCAGCACCAUGACGUCGUCCUUCCAUCGAACGAACGGCAACGACUCGGAUUAUCGCAAAUCGGGCAUUUCGCAGGCAUCGUCCUCGUCCACGAAUUCACGCUUGCUUCGCGAAAAUUAUUUCAACAGCGAGGGAGACUUUUUGUACAACGGCGCCACGGGUAAAUACGAGCCAAUUACACUGAGUUCGUCGUCGUCGUCGUCACUCAAUUCAAAAACGAGCAAAAGCAGUAAAAAAGCAAUUAAGGGCUAUGCGACGACGAACGAGGACCACUUGGACGAAAUUCACUUUCGCAAUGGGAAAAUUAGUCAAUGUGAUCAGUUCAACGGGAACGCAAUCGUACAGAAGAGACAACAACAACAAAUAAAUAAUGCAACAACAAAUUUCAACAAUAAAUCAAUUAAACAAACAACAAAUAUCAACAAUAAUACAGCAAAUUUAACACCCGUAUUAUAUCGGAAAAAUAACAACGGCAGCACCAAAACAAAUAUCCGAAGCACGACGAACGGCAAUAAUGGUAACAAUUUAUUAUCAGGACCAACGGCACGUUUUACUUCGGCAGCAACGGCAACAACAACAAGUUCCAUGCAAUCAAUUCAAACAGUAAACCACCAUCAGCAGCAGCAGCAGCAACAUCAUCACCAACAACAAUCACAACAACAGCAUCUUCAUUCGCAUUCACAAGUGCCACCUCAUUUAGUUAAUACAUUAUCAUCGCCCGAAAGCGCAUAUUCGACGGGAUACUCUACAGAUGGGACGUCACCUGGUGGUUGCUCCGUUGCACCAGAAUGUUACUACAUCAACAUCCGUACGGGCACACACUACUUUCCAAAGGGAACGGGAGCCGCAGGCGGAGGAGGAGGCGUCGCACACCCGCUUGGUAUUGAUAAUGCAAAUCGUUUUAAGUGUGCCCUCAAUCGCAUUGACGAGAAGCAAGCUGAGACAAUUCAGACAACUGAUUAUAAGAAACAAGUGCACUACCAUAGACGAACGGAAUCAUGUGAUAUUACGACGAGUUCUAAAUUGGGUGAUGUCAAUGGAUUUUCGAGUAAAGAGAGCUUGAAUGCCAAUUGUUUGAGUCCGCUGCCGCACAGCAGGAGUAAUACCCCGCAGUACUAUCGGAGUAUUGAAUCUCCUUCACCUCGUCAAAGAUGUCGAAUAAGGACAAACCCGUGGCUGUCGGAGACGACGACUAUUUCAACGAUCUUCAACAGCACCACUUGUCCCAAAGGUGAUAUGGAAACAAGUUCCACGAGUUCCGGCAUCAAGUCUAACAGUGAUAUUAAUUUGAAUGAACAUGCAAAGGAAGGUAAACUUGACACACUUUCCGAUUCCGAUACAACUUCCUCCACGGAGAAACACGUGAGUCGCAAACUAAACAUUUCCAAGUCAAACAACGUGAACAACAACAACAAAGACGUCUCAAAUCGCUCGGAUCGGGUAUCGUCUCAGCGAAGUGGGCAACAAAGUGUUAGCGACGACGAUGCCACCUUGAACGAAAUGAUCGGAAAAUUCGACGAAAGUUAUGUCUACGAAAAGGAAACGGAUAUUUUGAGUGAUUCUGAUUCGACGAACUGCGCCACGGACUUUGACACGGGUCAAGAUGCCGGAGACGAAUGUGAUACCGAUGACUUGUUGGAAAUGGAUUACAUUGACAAGGGAUCGAUGCAGGAAGUGACCGAAAAAGUGGAUAAAAAUAAGAAUAAGGGAAGUUGUUCGUAUCAUCCGUUGCCGCAGCAGGUGCAACAACAACAACAAAUGGUGAAAGUUGACAAGAGAAGUGCAAAAUUGCAGAAAUUCCGCCAGGAAAAGGGCGAAAGUGUCGAUGGGAAGCGGAAAAAGAAGUACAUUCGGACCCGGAAAAAGCAACAUACGUCAAAUAGUCACACUUCGAAUGCGUCGUCGUUAACAAAUUCGCCGCGACUGAGUGUUCGGGGGUGUCGCAGUGUCGGCGGAACUCCAGUUUGCUUGCGCCGGAACCAAUUACGGGACUCGCAACCGAAUAAUCCGACAAAUAUGUCUCCGUUGUCCAACAGAAGCAAUUCGCUGACCUUCACCGAAGUCUAUUCCAUUCACAAUCGCAUGUUGGCGCUUUCCGACAGCGAAAAAGCUCUCCUCAAAGCCGAUCUCGAAGCCGAUUUCAAAUACAAGCAACUCAUCCACGAAGCCGAAACAAUUCUCGUGAGCAUGAAAACGAACGCCCUCAAGGAAGGCAUGAUCUCGAGUCCGCGUCGCAUCAACAAUUUACCAACAAAUAAGCGCCUUGAAAUGCUGAAACACGAAGAAGUCGAGCUAAAACGCGAAUUAUCGAAAACGCAAAACCCCAAAACGGAGGACGGUCUGACGCCGAACGAGGGAGUCAUUGUCAACAAACGCCUUGAAAUCGUCAAACACGACGCAGUCUCGACGGCGCCCAACAGCCCGAACAAAAGUGCACGAGUUUGUCCCCUCAAAACGCACGUCACGAACUUCAUCAAUCAGAAUGUCGAUCCGAACGAGCUUCAACGCAACAAAAAAGUCCCGCCAGAUCCGCCACCAAGAAGGAGCACCUUGGAAAAUGGGGGAGGACGUCCCAUCUCGCCACACAAUAAAAUGCUGCAAAAUGGACUGAAAUCACCGAUUCCGGAGCAUCGGAAGAUCCGAAGUCACAGUUUGCAGCCGCAAAUGGAAUCGGACUCGGAGGAGGAAGAAGUCAGUCGGGCAAGUCAAAGAUCGUCUCGCAUGAAAGUGGUGAAUGUGAAUCAGAGACAAGUGACGAUGGUGGAAAAAAGUCGAAUUGUGACACGAGCAAAUACAGUAAACGGACAAGAAGCUGCCACAAAUGGAAAUGAAUCGCCGAUGAUCACUUUUCGAUCGGUGGAUAUCGGUUACAGCAUCCCAGAUAUUUUUUAUUGUCCUCAAAGUGAGCCUUUGAAACGGAAAGUGUACUCGGGCAGUACCACCUAUGAUAAAAUUCAGAAGAAAUUGGAUGAGGAUCAAGAAAGCAGUCCUCGUCGCCAAAUCCUCCAGAAAAUCUCUCAAAUGCGUCGCGAAAAGCAAAAUCGUGCAUCUCGUCUCAUGUCAUCGAGCAGCGGCGAUCGUCUCAGCAACUCAUCCGAAUUCGAUUCGCAUCACGACUUCACGCAAACCAAGCGACAGCAGCUAAUCAUGAGUACAAUUGAGGACAUCAAGCGUUCCUUGCUGGAUCAGAGCAUCGAGUUGAACGGAUUACAUGACUCCGAUACGUAAAUUCAUCAUCCGUUAAACAUGAAAAAUAGAAUAAAUGUGUUAGA